UAAAGCCGAGACAGAAUGUCCCCAGAGACCUUUAACAGAGUCACGCCCCCGGCGACGCGUUGGCUGAGUUGUUGUUUGGGACGUGGGGGACGUUCAGACGGACAGGGAGUCUUUGUUGUCCUCUGGACAAAGAGGCGUUCUCCAAUUACAGCCGUCUGCCUGCCGGGGACAGUCCAACGUCUGCUUCAAAGGGACACAGUCCAACGUCUGCCUGCCGGGGACAGUCCAACGUCUGCUUCAAAGGGACACAGUCCAACGUCUGCCUGCCGGGGACAAAGUCCAGCAUUUGGGACAUUAAACUCAGCCUCACUUGGACAGUCCAACGUGUCCUCCGACCUAACGGCUGCUUUUACUCCCUUUUGUCUGCAGACGGACGCCAUGUAUCGCUGCCUUGGAUUCUUCCUGCUGCUCUUCUGUGGGACACUGCAGACUGGCUCUGGGCUCCGCUGCUAUAAGUGCGCUGACUACACGGGUCAGUGUGAGAACGUGCAGGAGUGCACGGACGAAGACUCGUGUAUAUCUCUGAGUGAGAGAGGGGGGAAGACCAUCCGUCAGUGUAUCCGUUACACCGACUGUGAUAACUCUCGUCUCGACCACAUGUUCCCGGCGGUCUCCGGCUUCACGUACCGCUGCUGCAGCAGCAACCUCUGCAACGCCGGCAACGCCGUCACCACGGCAACGCCGGCGCUGGCGCUGGCCCUGGCGGCGGCCGCGCUGAGCGCUUGGAGCUGGAUCUGAAAUAAUACCCGCACGCUUCCGUGCUUCUGAUCUAACCGCCUGACUUUGUGUUAAUUAACCUGAACUAAA